CGGAAGUAGUCACGGACUGUCUUUGUAAACAAACCAUGGAGGACACGUUCAUACAGCCCCUAAACUAAUUUUCUCAAUUUUCUGUUUGGUCCACGAGAACACGGACGACAACGCAACAGAGUGUAGAUUGAAAAUGAUUUUAGUACCGACAUUGUUUUGAGAGGUGUUAGUAAGAAGCAGGAGCUGGCUUAUUGAUUAUGAUGCGCUGCUAAUUAACUGUUACCCAGUCCAGUCCAGUCAUAGUACUACUACUGCUAGGCUAAUGAAAUGAAAGUAUUGUUACAGAUACGACGAUAACUAUAACGUUAUUGUUACCAUUUUGUUUAUUGUGUAAAAAGCAGGAAUCAGUAGGAAUUCUAUACGUUUCCUCUUUCGAGAGCUUGUCAUACGAGUUCAUUGAGGAUGAAACCGCGCUUUAAAACCACAAUCGGGAGCAAAAGAGACCGUGAAACCAUGGCUGCUGCCCAGAGUUCGUCUGGGUUGGUUUUGAGCAGCGAUAUUUCCAUGUCUUUUCAGGACGAACUUGCUGCCACGAUCCACGGCGCUUUUGAGGUGGCUGUGGAGAUAGCUGUGCGAGAGGUCAGCAAACUAGUGGGACAAGCCUUUGGCGAUGUGCGCGACCAAAUGCACGAAACGCUGCGUGAGAAUAAGUCUCUGAAAUUGCGCCUGGAGUCAGCUGAGAAAGAAUUGGAUUCAGCACGUUUGUGCGCAGCAGGAGAUGGUCAAGUCCCGUUAUCAGUCAGUCAUUCGAGCCAACCAGAUAGCCCGCACAAUAACGACAGACUUAAAGCUGAAAACCACGUCAGAAACAGCGAGGAUCUAGCAAAGACCUCUGUGAGUGUCUCUGUAAAGAAAAAGUGUGAUUAUCUAAUUGUCGAGGCCGAGGCGAGCUGUGAACGCCUCGACGGUACUUUCAGUGAGAUCUGUGAGGACGGCAGAGUGUGCUCACAAACCCUGAACCCGACACCGAGUGAGGAAUUAGUCCCUGUUGCAAUCAUGGAAAAAGCAGAUAUGAAACAGCAUUCACUGGCUCCAUGCUUACCAAAUGAGAAAAUGGUAGAUCACUAUGACCAAUCAGAUCCACAUGAGGAGGAUGUGUCAUAUGAAUCCUCAGCAGAAGUUCAAGUGAAAGAGGAGAAACCAGAUUUGGGCCGUGCCUCUGGUUCUGUCUCGGGCUCUGACUCCCAGCUUGGUUUUGAUGAUGUGGGUGAGGGUCCCGAUGACGGCUUCUCACUGGCCCAGUCUAAGAUGCUGGAGGACUGGAGACCGGAUCCCCUGGGCCUGCCCGGGUGUGAGGCCAACACACUCAGCCAAGACGGCAGCCAUGCCCUGGCCCACCCAAUGGCAGUCACCAUGCAGGCUACUGAGAUGAGCUCCUCGUCAGUGGGCACUCUGCCUGUGUUCCCCGGUAUGUACCAGCCCAGCGACCCUGUUCCACUGCCCCUUGCGGUCCCUCAGAACUACAGCGUUCCCGUCAGGCCCAACCUCCCCGCGCUGCCUCCUUCCUACAAGCAGCACGUCUGCAAGAUCUGCAGCCGGCCUUUUCAGCGGCCCAGCGACCUGCGGCGGCACCAAAGCCAGCACCACCGCUCCAAGCCGGCCAACAGCGCGGGGCCGCGUCCUGGCGGCCGGCCGCCCAAGCAGCAGAAGUUCCCGCCGGGGCGCAGCCCGUACCACUGCGGCGAGUGCGGCCGCGACUUCAACCGCAUGGAGAACCUGAAGACGCACCUGCGCAUCCACACGGGCGAGCGGCCUUACACGUGCUCGGCGUGCGGCGUGCGCUUCCGCCACUCGGGGGCGCUCACGCGCCAUUUCCGCAUCCACACGGGCGAGAAGCCCUACGUGUGUAGCCAGUGCGGCAUGUCCUUCAGGAACAGCGGCGGGCUGCGCUUCCACCAGCGGCUACACAACCGACAGACUCAGGCAGUGAUGGGACAAUAAACAAGCGUGAGACAGUAACGUCCUGAACGUUGAUCUUGGUCUUCAGUAGCUUGGUUACAGGUGGUCAGUGCAUUGUGCUGGAGUAGAUAGUGAGUGAACAGAUGUGAGAGUUUGGGCUGAAAGUUUAGACAGAUGCUGUCAGGGUCAAACUCAUGCAAAGUGGAAACAGUAAGGUGGAUGGUGCCAUCUGCAGGUCAGUGUUCAAAGUGGUUGAACCGGCCUUUUUAACUGAGCCUCUUCCAGUUUGGGGCAAUUUGGUAAAAACAAACACAUGCUUGACAACUGAAGUGAAUGAAAAAAUCAGUCGGUUCCCUUUUUUAUGAGCCAGCUGGUGGUGUGUAGGGGCACUCACUCAACUGUUGUCAACGUCAGACUUUAAUGCUUUUGCUGUUCUAACUAGCUCAUCAGAAUAGUUCAAUACAUUUUCAGUGAACAAAUACAACUUUUCACAGAGUGCGGUCCAUAGACUGCGCUUUAUGUUAAGUGGAAAUGACAAUACCACAAUGUUGAGAAUACAGACUUUCCCAAAACAUUCAUUUAAGUGUGUGUGUGUGUGUGUGUGUGUGUGUGUUUUCAGUCAAGCCUUUGGUGAGAAAACCUGUACCUUUGGAAGAGUUCACAAAUAGAGAAAAUUGCUUGUUCUCAGAUGAACAAUUUGCGGGUUCAGUGGUGGCCUUGAGAGGUUCCUCUCGGGCGCUUCCCAUUAGAAUGAUGGAUAACAAAGGCUAGUGUCACACUACCAGGCCAAAUCUGAUUGUCUCACGUGAAACAGUGUGAACAGCACAAAUCACAUGAAAUCGACCUUUUUCAGUCGUGAUUGGGGCCAUUUCCAUAUGUGGCUUAAAAUCCGACACAGGUCUAAUAUUUUGUAGUGCGACGUGUAGUCUGAACAUCGGAAUUCAUCUGACUUUUACGUUUUUGAUCGACAUUCAUUAGAAUUCGAGCGACACUCCCAUAAUAGAGAGAUGGCAGCGCUUUUCCAUGGCAGUUUCCGGGUUAUGGAAGUUUCGGAACUGAAAACAGGCCAAUCACUUGGUCAGUUGUCUAUGAAUAACUAGAUUACACCCUCCAGCAUCCAGAAAUGCAUCCCACCCUCCUGCAUUACAGCCAUUCGGCACACGUUUUUUGGGACUUUUGAUCGCGUGGCGGCGACAUCAAAGAAUGUCGCAACUCUUUCUUUCUAUGGCUCUGGUGUGGGUUAUACACUCAGUGGAUACAAAGGUAGUCAAUAGGCCUAUGGUGUGCUGUAUGUGUGUUCGUUCGUUGUUCUGUGCAUGCAGUCCACACUCAGGUAGGAAUCUGAUAUUGGCCACAUUUAAUGAAAACAAUGUGAACAGCCACACAACAAAGUCGAAUAUGAGCAAAAACCUGAAAAGACCUGUGGUGUGACCCUAGCCAAAGUGCACUGAGGGAGAGAGGUGGUUGAAGACAUCGUUUCAAGCUAGGCAGAGAAGGUCAGGUCAUGUCUAGCAUCACGCACACCAAUAACCAAGAGUAUAUGAGCAAUGCACUCCCAUCCAUGCAAUAUGGAAAUGAUGGAUUGUAAUGUCUUGUCUUCGUCACACAGGAUAAACUCCACAUUUCUAACAAUAUAUUUAAAGAAGUGCAGGAUUAGAAAGACUUCAACUAACAAUGUCCUUUUUUUGCUCACACUGAAAUAGAAACAAACAGACCUCAGCAUUUUGAAUGGUGCUUAAAAUCCUUACAUGGGCUUAUCACAGAUGUGCCUGUCAACCAUCCUUAAGUUCGCCAAGUUGUUUAAGUAGAGGCCUGUGUGUAAGCAAGCAGUCCUCUCUGCAAUAAACUGAGCAAGUGCAGUAAGACAAUAACUUGUGUAAUGCAGACCCUAUAUGACCAUUUAUUUAAACAAUCCCCAGUGUAUUUUACCCUUGAACUUAUGACUUGAUGGUUACUAAUUAAAUUUUGUUAUUUAGAAAUACUCAAUAUAUGACUUUUUACCAACGGUAAAUUCCUAAAUGGCUUGAGGCUAGAUAUUAAGCAGAUGGCAGUUAGUGGAAUCACUGAAGGGGUGAAAGAUUGGCUUUUUUUUGUGUCACAAUACAUCUCAUGGGGGCACCAGCACCAGCAGGGCCCAUUCUCUGAAUAUGCUGAUUAGGACACCUGGGGAGUAUAUCACAAAGCCCUGGAAGCCAUAUGACUUCACACACCAACUUUCACUCCUAAAACACAGAUUUGUGGUUUAGAGUUUUUAUGUGCAAAUACUGCAUCUGUGAAAUUAAUUGAAUAACACGGUAUUCCCUGUGCACAUAAUGUCACUUAGGUCGUAACCGAUUGAACACUAUAGGUGGCUUUGACCUCCAUAAUACACUCAAGUUUGCAUUGAUAUUGCCUUGCAUCAUGCGGCAUAAACCCAGGGACUUGGGUCGGGAGUCGGGAGGGUUUUAUUUGUUGUUUGUACAUUUUCUAAACUUGGUUUAACUUCAUGACAAACUAAAUGUGCUACUAUUGUUUUGUAUUCCCUUGAAACACAAUCAUAACUGUCAUUGUUUGGACAUUGGUAAUAGAAUAAAGUCUUAACCUCUGUCA